UGCCUGCCACAGAAACUGGAGUAAACCACCAGCAGUGUGUGUGUGUGUAUGUAUGUGGUGUGUGUGUGCCAUAGGAUCAAAUAUUACCUACAAAACAACUCGAAAUGCAUCCAGUCAGAGUGUCGAUCCCGUCGUUUCGCUCCGAGAACAACUCGAUGGAGAAAGGAUACACGGUCUUUAAAAUUGACGUGCUGAUGAAUGGCAGGCAACACACUGUUGAGAAACGCUACAGUGAAUUUCACGCUUUGCAUAAAAUGCUAAAGAAGAGCAUAAAGCCACCUGAGAUCCCUUCAAAACAUGUUAGAAACUGGGUUCCCAAAGUCCUGGAGCAGAGGAGGCAUGGUCUGGAGCUCUACCUGCAGACUAUAAUUAUGGAAAAUGGGGUUCUUCCAAAGAUAUUCCUGGAUUUCCUGAAUAUCCGACAUUUUCCUUCAGUGCCAAAAACAGAAAGCUGUGGGUCGUUCGAUACAGAAUCAGAAGAAUCAAGUAAACUUUCACACCAGCCUGUCCUGCUGUUUCUGAGAGACCCCUACCUGCUGCCAUCUGCAAACGAUACAUUUUCAAAUGUUGUGAUUGAAGGUGUGAUACAUGGGGUUUUCUACCCAGAUCUUCAACCGAGGUAGAGCCGCAGAGCCGAGGCUGAGAGCAUGUCACCACAAACAGAUGCACCAUAUUUUCACACCAUUUUAGGUGUGUAUCAAGAAGAACAUAACAUGUUACACUGAGCCUCAUUUUCAUCUUCCAAAGCAAAACAAAAAACAAAAAAUCCAUUUGAUAAAAAAAGAUGCCUAAUCUAUCAAUAAACCACUGGCACUCCAUUUUUAAAACAUCCAUUGACCUUAUGCUAAGAAACAGUUGUUCUAUUUACCCAUAUUUCACUGGGUUUGUACCCUUUGAAUCGUACUCAUCAGCUAUAAAAUGUAACUAAUUGUGUUUGGCUAGUUAAUGUAGAUGUUUUCAGGCUAUUAGAAUAAAAAGUAUUGAAGAAUAAGAAGAUUAUUUUCAGAAAUUGAAGAGCUUAAUACCUCGUAAUAAAUUAACUUGUAUUUUCUGUAAAGAGUGAAAUAAACACAGAAUCAACUGGGAACAGAAGUAAGAGGCAGAUCAAAGUAGGGGAGACCUAAAGUGUUUUUUUGAACGUUUUUAGUUAGUAAAUAUCAGUUUGUGAAUGGCACUUUAACUCUGGGAACCUGAAAGGAAAUGCUGAUGGCAGCUGGACUGAUGGUGCCAGACAGGAGGCCUGUAAGGACAAAGCAUAGGGCUGGAGUGUGGAGCUGGAUCACAGCCUACAAACAGGGAGGUGCCACUCCCUUUGUAGCAGCAGUGCUGCGGUUUUUGGAUUUGUUCUGAGCUGCCAAAUUGAGCCAUCUGAGGGAGACCAGUGUGGAACAAUUUCAAGGCUGCACUCGGCUGGAGUUGACAGAUAUGUGCCACAUGUUAGUGUGGAAGUGAUUCAAGCUUUAUUGGUAGGUUGAGGCAGUGAUGUGGACCUCUUCUAUUGAGCAUCAGAUGUUUGUGAAGGAGUACUGUAGUGUUUACGGUGGUGCUAGUGAAGAGCUACGGGAAGAGCAGCUCAGUUUGAUCAGGUGAUGAGCCUGCGGUUUUUGGCACAAAGCCUAUUUGAAAAGUAACCCGACAGCUGUAAAUAUGUGACACAACCUGUGAGUGAGGAAACACAUGCUUAAAGGUGUAGAAAACAGAUGCCGACAGAGCAAUUAAAAGAGCUCUCCAACGAUUUAGUAUUGCACUUUUAUGGCAUUGUCUGCCUCACUACAGGUAGUCUACAUUGUCCACAAUACAACUGGAUCAUCAACAGUCGGGUCGUAGAUUCAGGUGUGUUAUGCUAGUAGCGGCUAACAAUACAUAUGCAGCAGUGCUCCUCAAGACCUGUGAACAGACUUUGAUAUGUAACAUUAGUGGAGUUUCCCUUUUUCCCACUGGAGUGAACUUGUGGGCACUGCUCCAUUUCUUAUUUAUGCCUCCUUGCUUCCUUCACUUUCCUCCUCCCUCUUAAAGCUCCUCCCAGAUGCAGUGGCCCCUGUUUACACUACAACAUCUUUUGCCUAAAACAUUAAGCCUUUGUUGUGGUUUGGCCUUUCGCUCAUACUUUUGAAACCGGAUUCCAGAGUGCAAUCUUUUGCAAACGCCACCCUUACUGUCGCCGUGAAAACUGGCAACACGCACUUGCUGUGAAAGUUGACAACACAGCCCCACUUUGCGCAUGACUUGUAUGUUUUCAGCCAAGGCACCAUGCCUCUAAAAUAUUUGUGUAUUUUGACUGGCAUGAUUAAAAUGGUGGCGUUCUGAGUUACAAAAUUACACCACCGCCUACUGGCCUGGCAGUAAUACGAGAACAUUCGUGUGCAUGAAGAUUGUUUUCCCAAUGAAUGCGGAACCUAAAAUGCAAAGGAAUAACUUUUCUGUUUUUAGACGAGCCGUUGCCGUAUAAACAGGGCCUUAAAAGUAUUACAUAAAAAAAAAUAGCUCCAGCUUGUACAAAAUAAUGUUAAAAAAAAUUCUAUUAUCAUUAAAUCAAAGCACAAAUCCCUCUUAUUACUGUCCCUCCUGUUCCUGUUAUAUUUCCUCAAAUCCCUCAAAAACUGGCAUCUGACACAUGUUGGUGGCUGUAGGUGCAGGUAGACUUUCACAUCGAGGUUUUAGAUUGUGCACGAAAACGAGGAUCGAGUUUGAUUUUGCGCACACAAGAAGGAAACAAGACUUCUGAUAUAACACUUGCUAAAGGCCAGUCUUUAACACUAACACCAGUCAUGUGAACAUUUAAUGUUUUACUCAGAAUACAGAAGGCCAGUUUUUUCCACACGAGGUGAUUAGAGGCAUAGUCACCCGUCACUUAAAGGGAUGCAAAGUGUGUUUUGUUUUACUUGUUAAACGAGAGGUGGUGAUUUAAAAGACUUGCAACCAGUAAAACACUGUGCAAUAUGACAUAAAAUACAAAUCUUUAUAUUUUUCCUUGUGAACCAAUGUCUGUAAGAGAACAAACCCUGUCCUGUUGUGCACACGUGAAAUGACUCGUAGCUUUUGUGAAACAUGAUGUUGCAUGGUCAUUUCCUGGGCAGUAAUUGAAUGAUGACACUUGUCAAGGACCUCCACUACAGCACAGUGACAAACUGCAUACUGUAUUUAUACUGAAUUAAAUUAAUCUUGAGCAAGUAACCUCAACUAAACAGAAUCAUGAUUUCAUGUUUUAACAAAGUAAAUCAUUUCAUAGAGUUCCACCAUGUAGAUUUAUAUGUAUUUAUAUUGUGUAACAUUGUACUGUUUGUGCUCUAUGUGAAAAGUGUCAUUCAUGUGCCAUAACGUCAACCUACAGUGAACACUGGACUUCUACUGUAGCACUUUAAGCUGGGCGAUAUGUAAAAUACUGACACCAAUAAAAUUCAUUAUUUCCA